AUGCGGGCAGCUUUUGACGAAAAACCGCGGCAGCUGCUGCAAAAAGGGAACAAGAAUAGCAAGAAAAAGAAUCAUGAAAGCCGAGGAUCGAGAGCUUGCACGUCAACGCGCAAAGAAAAGAUCAAUGAUUUCUUUUUCUUUUAUUUUAUUACUCACAAUAGCAAUGCCCAAGAAAGGGACGGCGAUCAAAAAAAAUAUCCUAUCCUUCAAGGAUAUUCAAGGCGCAUAAUAAAAGAACAUUGUCUUCUUAAACAAGUGAAGAAAUGUCAAAAAUUGAAAUUGAUCAAUACGCCUUCCUUGGUCUUGAAAACAUCGGGAGACGACGAUGUUCCAAGAGCAACCGCCGGGACACGUGUUAUUACCGUCAUAAAAGUAAAAGAUAAGAACGGUCACGUGAGAUUGAAAAAACUCAACGUAAAAAGAAUUCGUCAAAAAACCCCCCUACCACAGUGA